AUGCGCAUGCAGUCCCUCGUCUUCCUUAUUACGGCAGUGCUCCUGAUCUUGUCGACGGCGACAGCCGACGACGAGGUGAUGACGGAGUUCGUUCCUUUAUACUACACGUGCAGCGAGGAUGGUGGCCGGUACGGAGAAAACAGCACGUACUUGUCUAACCUGAAGGUGCUGGCCGGGUUGCUCUCGGCGAACGCAAGCACAGCCAACUUCGUCUCCGGCACCGCCGGCCAGGCGCCUGACGUGCCUCUACAAGGCUUUCCAAACGCCGUUGACAAGGGCUUCCUCUGCCGGUUCUACAAGGACGUCACCAUCUACUACGACGACUACAUGCUCCGCUUCUCCGGCGACGACGUCCGCCGGAACCUCACUAACAGGCCGGCAUGGGUCGCGUUGAACAUGAACAGCGUGACUCGUGUCGCCGGCAAGAAUUACGGUGAGAAAGUCGAGAAGCUGACCAAGAUGAUCGUGGAGGUGGCCGCAAGUUCGCCGGGCCGCUACGGCACGGGGAAGGCGUGGGUGGGAGGCAACGACGUGAGCACGGCUUACGGGCUGCUGCAGUGCACGCCUGACCUCCAGACGGAUGACUGCCGGGGCUGCCUCGCCGAUCUCGUCUCCAUGAUGCCGGCGCACUUCAGUCACGAAUCCAGUGACUACUACGUUGGCGGGAGGAUUCUUGGCCCCCGGUGUAACCUGCGGUACGAGAAAGAGCUUUUCUUCCAGGAGACCAAUGCCACGCUCCUGAUCGAUGUGCCUAAAAAUCACCUCGGCAAAAUGGAGAUCAUUCUAAUCACCAUUGCAGCUGUUCUCUCUAUCAUAAUUCUUAUAACUCUACUCGGAUGGAUCAUACAAUGGAAAGCAGACACAAAAAUCAGAAAUGAGCUAGAGGAAUGGACAAGACUGGUUGCUGUGGAGAUAGGAACGAUGUUUGCACACUUUACUUUAUCUGAGAUAAGAAGUGCCACUGAUAAUUUCUCAGAAGCAAAGAAACUUGGAGAAGGAGCUUUUGGUCCCGUUUACUGGGGUCAAUUAGCUUCUGGAGUUGUGGCAAUCAAAAGAUUAGCAGCAUAUUCAAGUCAAGGUUUGGAACAGUUCAGAAAUGAAAUUAGAUUCAUAGCAAAGCUUCAACAUUUAAAUCUUGUCAAGCUGAUUGGUUGCUGUAUGCAACAAAAAGAGAAGAUACUUAUCUAUGAGUACAUGCCGAACAAGAGCUUAGAUGACAUUUUCAAAGAUGCUGCGAAGUGGGCAUCGCUGACAUGGCCUCUGCGUCAGAAUAUAAUUGAUGGCAUUGCUCAAGGACUUCUUUACAUACACAACUUUUCACAAUCAGAAACAUGCAUUGUCCACAGAGACUUGAAAGCAAGUAACAUUCUAUUGGACCAUCAAAUGAAUCCAAAGAUUUCUGAUUUUGGGAUAGCGAUGCUUAGCUCAAGCGCGACAGAAUCACAAGAUACUGUACCAAUGGGAACACUGUUAUCAGGCCAAAUGAUCUACUUUUGGAACAGGCUUGGCGACUUUGGGAGGACGGAAACUGCCAACCCAGAGGACAGGCCUGACAUGGUAGAGGUUGUCAGGAUGCUAAGCAUCAAGGGCACCCAGCUGGACAAUCCUAAACGACCUGCUUAUUUCGAUGAACUCAUAGUGGCAACAACAAGCAACCAUACCAGCACUCGGUACCUCACAGCCAUACAUGUCCAUCCAGCUUAA